GCGGGGCCUCUUUAUAACAACUCGAGUCCAGUCUGCCUCCCCCAUACAUGCCGUGUACAGAGGUGCAGGUGGAGGUGGCUACCAUAUAGGAUCUGCGCAGUGGAUAUCUUCUAUAUCAGAUCAUUUUCCUCAUUGACCCGUCAAGGAUGGAUAGGGACAGGAACAGGAUGGCAGAGAGUAUAAUAAAUCUCACCCUAGAGAUCCUCUUCCAGGUUACUGGAGAGGAAUACACAGUAGUGAAGAAGACCUCUAGUGAGCAUUGUCAGGCCCCUGUGUUUGAAGGAUGGGGAAGAACCUGGGGCACAAAAUCUGGGCGAACACCUCGCCUCAUGAUACAUGGGAAGCUCAACAAAGAGGAGAUCCUGGAACUCACCAAUAAGAUAUUUGCGCUGCUGACUGGAGAGGUUCCUAUAAGGUGUCAGGAUGUCGCUGUCUAUUUCUCCAUGGAGGAGAGGGAGUAUUUAGAAGAACACAAAGAUAUGUACAAGGAUGUCAUGAUGGAGGAUCACCAACCCCUCACAUCAUCAGUUAGAUCCAGUAAGAGAACAAGACCAGACAGAUAUCCUAGCCCUUUUCUUCCACAGUAUGGUUCUGAAGAACAUCACAAUGAUCAGCUUUUGAAUCCAGGCAAAUAUCUGAACAAUAUUAAGGCUGAAGAUACAUAUGUGAGGGAUGAUGAGCAGAUCACAGAAGACAUUCUUGCAGAUAACCACCCAGAUAACUGUACCAGGAGCUCAGAGGAACAUCUUAUAUCUUCAGAUUUUAAAACAGAUGUUUGUUUUGUCACAGAAGAUAAACUGGAAGAGCGUGCCAUUGUCUCAGAUGUAUUCUCAGCAUUUCACAGCAAAGAUCUAUCAUCUGAUCCUUUGGGUGAAUUAAGAUAUCCUGAUUCAUUACAGACUGUUAAGCUAAAUAAAAGUCACAGAAGAAGUGUUCAGCGUCAAAGAACUCACACAGGGGAGAAGGCUUUUUCAUGCUCAGAAUGUGGUAAAUGUUUUAACCGCAAAUCAAUUCUUGUUAUGCAUCAGAGAAUUCACACAGGGGAGAAGCCAUUUUCAUGCCCAGAAUGUGAAAAACUUUUUAUCUGUAAAUCAGAUCUUGUUAAACAUCAGAGAAUUCACACAGGGGAGAAGCCAUUUUCAUGUUCACAAUGUGGGAAAAGUUUUAGUCGUAAAUCACAUGUUGUUAUGCAUGAGAGAACUCACACAGGGGAGAAGCCAUUUUCAUGCUCAGAAUGUGGUAAAUGUUUUAAAACUAAGUCACAUGUUGUUAUGCAUAAGGAAGUUCAUAAAGAGGAGAAGCCAUUUUCAUGCUCAGAAUGUGGAAAAUAUUUUAAACGUAAAUCACAUUUUGUUAGGCAUCAGAAAUUUCACAAAGGGGAGAAGCCAUUUUCAUGUUCAGAAUGUGGGAAAUGUUUUAACCAGAAAUCAGAUCUCAUCAUUCAUCAACGAAUCCACACAGGUGAGAAGCCAUUCUUAUGUUCUGAAUGUGGAAAAUCUUUCACACAGAAAGCAGAUCUUGGUAGACAUCAGAUAAUUCACACAGGGGUGAGGGCAUUUUCAUGUUCAGAAUGUGAAAAGAGUUUUAGCUAUAAAUCGGAUCUUGUUAAACAUCAGAGAAUUCACACAGGGGAGAAACCAUUUUCAUGUUCAGUCUGUGAGAAAACUUUUAGCCGUAAAUCACAUCUUGUUAUGCAUAAGAUAAUUCACAUAGGGGAGAAGCCAUUUUCAUGCUUAGAAUGUGGGAGAUGUUUUAAACGAAAAUCAUAUCUCGUUAAGCAUGAGAAAUUUCACAAACGGGAGAAGCCAUUUUUAUGCUCAGAAUGUGGGAAAUGUUUUAACCAGAAAUCGGAGCUUGUUAAACAUCAAAAAAUCCACACAGGGGAGAAGCCGUUUUCAUGUUCAGAAUGUCAAAAACGUUUUCAAUAUAAAUCAUAUCUUGUUAGACAUGAGAGAAUUCACACAGGAAAACUCAAUUGUCUUAUUCAGGAUGUCAGCUCUAAUUGCACUGAGAAUGUCCCUUUACUACUUGAUUGACAGCCAGGCAAGGUGAGUAUGCAGGAAUCUGGCCAUGUCAAUCAAAGAGGAGAGAGAAGGGCUAACAAGAGAAGCAAGAAUGCACAGUGUUUAGGCCCCUCCCUCAGUGCACUUAACUAGUAAUGUGCUUAGUACUUAAGUACUUAUGCAGAAUGAAGUAAUGGAUCGCUAAGUGAAAGGUAUCUACAUUCAGCUGAGAUAGCUCUACAAGGCGUAUGUCUGGUUUACCAGUGACUUUCCUGGUGACAGGCUCCAUUUAAAAAAUUAAUGCUUGUGGUAGUAGCUUCGGGGGGGUAAGAGAUCUUUAUCUCCAGAGUGCCAACUGAAGAAGAGUUUAUUGUACGUGUGAAUGAGGUAAUCGGGUUAGAGAAGGGAGUAUAUCAUAAAAGAGGAGCAGAUAAAAAAAUUCACUCUAUUUGGGGCCCCUGGCUAAUGACACCAGGGUUACCAUCACGGCGCCUGUUGCAUGUCCGGAUUGGAGGGGGCAAAUCUUAAGAAGGUUAGGCUAAAAUCGUGCUGUUCUAGGGGGUCUGCGGGAUACAUGUUUGCCCGUGGUAUUUACCUGUCUACUAAGACAGGCGAGAUCUCUAGUCUAGGUGCAAUGCUGUUAAGGGGAGGGUGGUUAUGGUUAGGCUGACUUGGUUUUUUUUUGGCCCUGAAAUUGUUAGUUAUAAUCUAUUGUCAAUCUACCGGAAUUGGGUCUUUGUAGGAAGCUUUACAAGAUUAUGUGUGUGUGUUGUGUGUUUAUAAAAAAAAAAAAUCAAUAAAAAAAAGAUCUUUAUCUGACACUAUAUUUGGAGGUGGUCAGGCACUUUGGGGGUCAUUUCUGAAGCUGAAAUACGCCUAUGUACAAAACUGCCCUACACGUUGUAAAUGGUACAGUGACAGGCCCAUACUACUUGAAUAACAUCAUUAAUCCAGUCAUUGUGCUCUGCAUGAACAACACAGGCGUAAUUUCAUCUUCAUGGACGGCAAUGCGCCAGCUCAUCGAGGUCACAUCAUUAGGGAACAGCUGCUGGAGACUGGAGGACCUCAAAUGGAGUGGCCUGCACUUUCUUCAGACCUGAAUCCCUUUAAAAACCUAUGGGGUCAGUUGAGUCGCCGUGUAGAGGCUCAUAACUCUGUACCCCAGAAACUCAAUGACCUGAAGGCCGCUCUUUUAAGAAGAGUGGGAUGCCAUGCCUCAGCAGCCAAUAGGUCAACUUGUGAACAGCAGGAGAUGUCGUUGUCAAGCUGUAAUUGAUGCUCAAGGCCA